AGACACUGUAUAAAAUAAGCUGCCUUGAGAAUUUUCUAAAAUACAUACAAAAACUUCCUAGGUUAGGAAACUUACCAGAUUUGGCAGCUGAUGGACCCAGUGAUGGACCCAGAAGCAACCUCGGUUUAUUUGGAAUAUUUCUUUGUUACAAGUCACAAUCCUGAUAUUGAAGAGACCCACUCCCAUGUUCCUUAUACAUCAGUCUUCCUUCCGGUCUUCUACACAGCUGUGUUCCUGAUUGGAGUGUCCGGGAACCUCAUUCUCAUGAGCGCACUGCAUUUCAAACGGGGCAGCCGAAGACUGAUCGACAUCUUUAUCAUCAACCUGGCUGCCUCCGACUUCAUCUUCGUCAUCACUUUGCCUCUCUGGGUGGAUAAAGAAGCAUCUCUGGGACUGUGGAGGACCGGCUCUUUCCUAUGCAAAGGAAGCUCCUACAUGAUCUCAGUCAACAUGCACUGCAAUGUCUUCUUGCUCACCUGCAUGAGUGUGGACCGCUACCUGGCCAUCGUGUGUCCAGCCGUAUCCAGGAAAGUCAGGAGGAGAGACUGUGCCUAUGUGGUCUGUGCCAGUGUCUGGUUUGUCUCCUGCCUCCUGGGGUUGCCUACCCUUCUGUCCAGGGAGCUUACCCUGAUUGAUGGUAAACCAUACUGUGCAGAGGAGAGGGCCACUCCCAUCAAACUGACUUGGGCCCUGGUAGCCUUAAUUUUUACAUUUUUUGCCCCUUUGGUGAGCAUUGUGUCCUGCUACUGUUGCAUCACAAGGAAGCUGUGUGUCCAUUACCAGCAGUCGGGAAAGCACAACAAAAAGCUGAGGAAAUCCAUAAAGAUCAUCUUUAUCGUUGUGGCAGCCUUUGUCCUCUCCUGGCUGCCCUUCAAUACUUUCAAGCUCCUGGCUAUUGUCUCUGGGUUGCAGCAAGAACUCUACCUGUCCUCAGCUUUUCUCCAGCGGGGGAUGGAGGUGAGCGGGCCCCUGGCAUUUGCCAACAGCUGCGUCAACCCUUUCAUUUACUAUAUCUUUGAUGGCUACAUCCGCCGGGCCAUCGUGCGCUGCUUGUGCCCUUGCCUGAAGAACUAUGACUUUGGGAGCAGCACCGAGACAUCAGACCUCACGAAGGCUCUCUCCAACUUCAUUCACGCAGAGGAUUUUGCCAGAAAGAGGAAGAGGUCUGUGUCACUCUGAAAAGGACAGUGACACUUCAAGCUCUGUUGAUGGGGUUGAAGGGUUCAUUUGUGCCCACGACAAAGAAAGAAGAAAAGUAUUUCUAAUAGUAUUCACAUUGCUUAUGAAUACAAGGAAGUGUUAAUUUUUAAAGAGACAUCUAGAAAGCCUCGGUGUUCGUGGAUAUAAUUAGGUUAUAUGCUGUUUUUUGUUUGUUUGAGCUGAAUAGACUUAUUUGACCCUUGCCAGUCAAGUUCACAGGGAAAAAUGCAACUCUUCUAAGUCUUGAACUCUGAGAUAAGGCUCCUGCUUGGACCAGUUCUUCUCUUCAUGGGUGUUAAUGCACAUUCCAGCCUUUUCCUCUCUCAGAAAACUUGAUCCACACCACCCUUCAUACUGGGCUCCAGAGUGGACUGCAUGUAAAGGAUUCCAUCCAGUUGUAACUGGUGAGAAAUUUGGUGACAAUGCAGAUAGUAAAAAACUGUAAUAUACCAGUGCCCGGUAAUUACAUGUUCCUGAGUAAUGAAGUCAGGUUCUGGCCUUAAUCUUUGAUUGCACUUAUUUGGGUGAUUCCAUACCACCUUCCAACAUUGUCUUUCACCCUAUGCCAUUCACAGUGACUUUGGGCUGGUGAAACCUCAUGGGGAAAAAAUCAUUUUGUAUUGUGUUUAUGAUUUAGGACUCACUUUACCAUUUGGUCUUCAAGAAUAUUUUGACAUAGAAUAAGCUUUGACUUUCGUUUUCCUUAUAAGAUAUAUUGGUUAAAAUGUACCUCAUUAUAAUGGUGUAAUAACUACUUUUCAAUGAGGUUUUACUGUGUUCUUAUUUUCCUUUUAGCCUUUAUACAUUAGGAUAUGACUUUGUUUUAAUUAUAUGUUUUUAAUUACCUAGUUGUCUAGUUAUCAAAUAAAACUAUUACUACUACUAUAAUUGGAGGUCAUCUAAUGCUUAGCUACACCCUCAUGCAGAUUAUCAUUUUGUAUUUUAAUUAAAAUGUUAAUGCUGCUCAUUCCCUAAAGCAUCAUUUGCUUGGUGUAUGUAAUUUCACAAUUUGAUCCAAUAAUACAGGAAGACGGAAUGCUCAGUAUUCAGGUAAAGGGAAAAAUCUGUAACAAAAAUGUUACUGAUAUUUUAUAUGUAGUUUUUUGAAACUCAGAAACCUUUGAGAACUCCUUCAACUGAUAAAUAUUUACUGAGCCAAUUCAUACCUAUAUUCCUUUAAAAAAUUUGAAGUGAAAAUGUGAUUAGCAGCAACCACAAAAGACGCAGCACAAAGCCUACUAUUGUAAAUACCUUUUGAUUCAAGAUAAAGUAGCUUUUUUACCUCCACUGUUGACACAAAUGAAUUACUAUUUUAGUUUUAAAUGUUAGGUUUGAAAAUCAGAGAAAGCUUCAAAUCUUUUCAGAGACUGCAUAAUUCAGGAUCAUCCUAUGUACCUUAAUAUUAAGAGAAAUCUCAAAUAUUGGGCAUCUUCUUAUAGUCUGUUUAGAAGUUUUGGGUUUUAUAAAUUGGUUAAUUUAUUAAUUUCUCUUAAACUUUUUGGGGCUUCCCUGGUGGCUCAGA